AUGUUAGUUUCUAAUUUAAGAAAAUCAGUUAUAAAACCAAUUAACAUUGGAACUACUAGGAGAUUAUAUUGUAGUAGUAGUAGUACUACAACUAAACAAAGAAGAAGUGAUGGAAAUACAUUUGAUGUUGCGAUUGUAGGUGGUGGAAUUGUUGGUGUUGCAACAGCAAGAGAAUUGCUAAUGAGAAAUCCAAAUUUGUCACUGGUGGUACUCGAGCAGGAGUCAGAGAUAGGAAUGCAGCAGAGUUCACACAACUCUGGUGUUAUUCACUCCGGUAUCUAUUACAAGCCGGGUGCACGUGCACGCCUUUGCACUCAGGGCUGCCGACUGAUGUAUGAGUACUUGGAGCGCAACAAACUUCCGUAUGAGCGCUGCGGUAAGCUGAUUGUCGCCACCACCGAGGAGGAGAUCGCCAAGCUAGAGAUGAUCUUUAAGCGUGGCGUUGAUAACGGUGUCGAAGGCCUGGAGAUGCUCGACUCUGAGGGAAUCAAGCGUAUUGAGCCGCAUGUCAGUGGGUUGCGUGCCAUCUACUCGCCCAACACUGGAAUCACCGACUUUGGACUGGUCGCCAAACAACUCGGAAAAGACGUUCAAUCACUGGGUGGCACGAUCAAGUUGAAUUUCAAAGCCGACGAAUUCGACUAUAAUCAACAGAGCAAUACAAUCACUAUUAAAAGUGGCAGUGGUGCAAUAACAGGUGAUGUAGUUGCCAAGUUUCUAAUUACCUGUACCGGUUUGUAUAGUGAUCGUGUCGCUGUGAAAUCAUAUGGAGCGGAGCAGCCAAAGAUUGUGCCGUUCCGAGAUAUCUAUGAGUGGCUGAUGGAGAGUGGUCUGCCAAAGUUGGCAUUGAAACACUGGCGUCGUGGUGUCGAUGAGUUUGUUCGCGACGUUUCGCCAGCGGCAUUUCUCAAGACUCUCACGCCGUACAUGCCCAGCCUCAAAGUCGAUCAGAUUGAGUAUGCAGGCAGUGGUGUAAGAGCACAGGCUUUGGGUUCCGACGGUGAGAUCGUCGAGGAUUUCGUCUUUGAUCAGCCACCCAACAAGCCGAUUCUUCACGUAAGAAAUUCACCAUCACCAUCUGCAACAGCUUCACUUGCCAUUGCAAAGGAGAUAGCCAAUCUCUCUGAAUCAAAAAUUAAACAACUAUAA